UAGAAAGAUAAGAAAUACAUUUACCAUGAUGAUUGUUCAAUAUGCUACUGUGGUAUUUUUGGCGAUUCUCCUUCUCAAAGUAAACACGGCCCAGGAAGUGUGCCCUGAGGGUUUUAUGAAGCACGGAGAGUCAUGUUACUUCUUCUCCUCCCAUCUGGCGGCAGACUGGAUCGAGGCGGGGUCUUUCUGCAAGAGAUUCAAUGGAGGAGACCUUGUUGCCAUACAGACGCAAUCCGAGAACGAGUUUAUAUACCAGCAUUUACUCUCUAUACCCCAGCACCGUGACAAUGAUUUCUGGAUCGGAGGGACGGACGAGUUUGUAGAGGGACACUGGGUCUGGAUUUCCACGAUGCAGAGGCUGGGCUUCACCGACUGGUACCCGGGGAACCCCAGCGACAGCGGCUCCAACGAGGAUUGCUUGGAGAUCAUGGUUGGCCUCUCGGCAUCCCCGCGUCACUACUGGAACGAUGAGGAUUGUUCCAAGAAGGCCAACUUUAUCUGCGAAGUCCCAAUGUCAGAGGGUCUAAUAGUUGGCUAACAUUAAGGUAGAUCCUUGACGUCUACCGAUUACUUCAUCCCUACAAAAUUCGGAAAUAUGUGUGUGGAUCAUCACAUUUAUUAGAAUAUGAAUAUACAUUGAUUUGUACCGAAAUAAAAGUUUCAUCAA